AUGAGGGUCCCUGUAUUAGAGGAUGUAAAAGAUGAAACAGAAGAGGAAAAAACAGGGGAAGAAGAAAAUGAAGAAGACCAGGUCUUCUUUAAGCCUAUCAUUGAAGACUUAAGCAUGGAAUUGGCCAGAAAAUGCACCAAACUCAUCAGCGAUAUCCAUUAUAAAGAAGCGUACAAAACGUCUAAGGACAAGUGUACAUUUGUGACGGACACUCCUAUGCUAAACCAUGUAAAAAAUAUUGGCGCUUUUAUUUCUGAGGCAAAAUACAAAGGCACCAUUAAGGCAGAUCUUUCCAACUCUCUUUAUAAGCGGAUGCCAGCCACGAUUGACAGUGUUUUCGCAAGAGAAGUUACACAGCUUCAGAGUGAGGUUGCCUACAAGCAGAAACAUGAUGCCACCAAAGGAUUCUCAGAUUAUGCCCACAUGAAGGAGCCACCUGAGGUCAAACACGCCAUGGAGGUCAAUAAACACCAGAGUAACAUUUCUUAUAGAAAAGAUGUACGGGGCACCCAUACAUACAGUGCGGAGCUUGACAGACCAGAUAUCAAGAUGGCGACUCAGAUCUCCAAGAUCAUAAGCAAUGUGAAGUACAAGAAAGACAUUCAAAAUAUGCACGAUCCAGUUUCAGAUCUCCCAAAUUUGUUGUUUUUAGACCAUGCUUUGAAAGCCAGCAAAAUGCUCAGCGGAAUUAAAUACAAAGAAAAAUUUGAUAGUGAAAUGAAGGAUAAGAAGCAUCAUUACAAUCCUCUUGAAAGUGCUUCUUUUAGGCAAAAUCAGCUUGCUGCUACACUGGCAAGUAAUCGAGAAUAUAAAAAGCUUUUUGAGGAAAACAAAGGAAUGUAUCAUUUUGAUGCGGAUGCCGCGGAACACCUGCACCACAAAGGCAACGCCACCCUCCAGAGUCAGGUGAAAUACAAAGAGGAAUAUGAAAAGAACAAGGGAAAGUCAAUGCUGGAAUUUGUUGAGACGCCAUCCUAUCAAGCUUCAAAGGAGGCUCAAAAAAUGCAGAGUGAGAAAAUUUACAGAGAAGAUUUUGAGAAAGAGAUUAAAGGAAGGUCAUCAUUGGAUUUGGACAAGACUCCAGAAUUUCUGCAUGUGAAGUACAUCAGCAGCCUUCUGAGGGAGAAAGAAUAUAAAAAAGAUUUGGAAAAUGAGAUAAAAGGGAAAGGAAUGGAACUUAAUUCAGAAGUUCUUGAUAUUCAAAGAGCAAAGCGAGCAUCCGAAAUGGCUAGUGAGAAAGAGUAUAAGAAAGACCUGGAGUCAGAAAUUAAAGGGAAAGGAAUGCAGGUUGACAGUGACACCCUUGAAAUACAGCGCGCCAAGAAAGCUACAGAGAUGGCAAGUGAGAAAGACUAUAAAAGAGACCUGGAGACUGAAAUUAAAGGGAAAGGAAUGCAGGUGAACACAGACACUCUUGAUGUCCAGAGAGCUAAGAAAGCAUCCGAGAUGGCCAGCCAGAAACAAUAUAAGAAAGACUUAGAAAAUGAAAUUAAAGGGAAAGGAAUGCAGGUGAGCAUGGACAUCCCAGACAUACUUCGAGCCAAGAGGGCAUCUGAAAUCUAUAGCCAGAAAAAGUAUAAACAUGAAGCAGAGAAGAUGCUUUGUAACUAUUCUGUUAUGGCAGAUACUCCUGAAAUUCAGAGGAUUAAGACAACUCAACAAAACAUUAGUGCGGUAUUUUAUAAAAAAGAAGUAGGAGCCGGAAUACCAGUAAAAGAUACCCCAGAGAUUGAACGCGUGAAGAAAAAUCAGCAGAACAUUAGUUCUGUGAAAUACAAAGAAGAGAUUAAACAUGCAACAGCCAUUUCUGAUCCUCCGGAGCUAAAGAGAGUUAAAGAAAACCAAAAGAACAUCAGCAAUCUCCAGUACAAAGAACAAAGUUACAAGGCCACUCCGGUAAGCGUGACCCCAGAGACAGAGAGAGCGAGGAGAAACCAGGAGCAGCUGAGUGCGGUAAAAUAUAAGGGAGAGAUUAAACAGGCAACUGCAAUUUCUGAUCCACCAGAGCUGAAGAGGGUGAAGGAAAACCAGAAGAACAUCAGCAAUGUCUAUUAUAAAGGUCAGCCGGGAAGAGCUACCGCGUUAAGUGUAACUCCUGAAAUGGAAAGAGUCAAGAAGAAUCAAGAAAAUAUUAGCUCGGUAAAAUACCACGAAGAUUUUGAAAAGACAAAGGGGAGGGGCUUCACACCUGUCGUGGAUGAUCCCGUGACAGAGCGAGUGAGGAAGAACACCCAGGUUGUCAGCGAUGCUGCCUAUAAAGGCGUCCAUCCUCACGUCGUGGAGAUGGACCGGAGACCUGGGAUCAUUGUUGACCUCAAAGUUUGGCGCACAGAUCCUGGCUCCAUCUUCGACAUCGAUCCCUUGGAAGACAAUAUUCAGUCUAGAAGUCUGCACAUGCUCUCCGAAAAGGCGAGUCACUUUAGGAGACACCGGUCUCGAUCUCAUUCCAGCAGUACUUUUGGUACCGGUGUGGGAGAUGACAAGUCAGAAAUCUCCGAGAUUUACCCUAGUUUUUCAUGCUGCAGUGAGGUAACCAGACCGUCUGAUGAAGGAGCGCCUGUGCUUCCUGGAGCCUAUCAGCAAAGCCAUUCCCAAGGCUACGGGUACAUGCACCAGACCAGUGUGUCCUCCAUGAGGUCAAUGCAGCAUUCACCAAAUCUAAGGACCUACCGAGCCAUGUAUGAUUAUAGUGCCCAGGAUGAAGAUGAGGUCUCCUUCAGAGACGGCGACUACAUUGUCAACGUGCAGCCCAUUGACGAUGGCUGGAUGUACGGCACGGUGCAGAGAACUGGGAGAACGGGGAUGCUCCCAGCCAAUUACAUUGAGUUUGUUAAUUGAUUCUUUCUCCUUGCCCUUUGAGCUUUAUUCUAAUGUAUUCUAAACCGAUCUUUUUAAAAGAUAGAAGAUACUUUUAAGACAACUUGGCAGUUAUUUUACAAUAAUGUAUCCUUCCUUUGGCAAUUAGACACACAGGUACCAGGACGAAGGAAUGACUUCUGGGCUGAAAAUGGCAGCAUUUUCAGUAAUUCCUCUAAACAAAAAUCAUUACGUCUGGAGACCUGGUGCUGCUAAUUGUGUUCGUGGUUUCCUUUGAUUGGCGAUUGAACCCUUCUGGAAAAUGUAUUUUUGUAGACUUUAAUAGAGAUGUUGAUUGUCCUUUAAAUGUAACUAGUAUAUGAAACUUCCUGUUUGUCACUUUGGAGUCACCAGAAGCCAAUUCUCUUAACUCAGUAACACAGCCAAUAACUUAAAACCUGUUCAGUCUUUCGAGUCAUCAGGCAAUUUCCAGUUCAAGUGAAAAUUGCCCAAUAUAUGUAAGCGGUGGCAGAAUGAUAGUCUGGUUAAAAUUAUAUUGACUGGCGGCCUUAGGGAUCUAGAAACUUCUACCGAACAAAGAAAUUUCCUUAUUCCUUAGGCCGACCGUAGUCUUUUUAUUUUUCAUUGAUACCAAGACAUCUGCUCCCCAUUUACAUUCUAUGGACCCAAGUAGAUGCUCAGUUCCACGGAAUGUCAGGACCAAACAACCUCACAGCUGCUCUGCAAAGGGCAGAUGUUACUGUCAUCUAUGUAAUUUCCCUAGUAGCCUUUACCCUGUUGCAUGUCACGUAGGUUCAAGCUUCUGUAACAUAGGCAGCUGCACUGCCCAUUCCUGUUAUUAAAGCAAAAAGGGUGACAUACCUAAAAGCCCUUUCCUCUAGUAGCCAGCUCAUCCGAAAACAUACUUUGAAAAGCUGCUUGAGGUUUUCCUGCUGCAUUGCACUCUAGUUUUGAAGGAUUCACACCUUAGGAAAUACAUGUAUACUCUAGUAAAUAAGUGAUUUAGGUGUUUAUUGAACAGCUUUCAUUAACUUAAUGCCACCAUUGAUUUAAACACAAAGAAAAUUUACAGAAGCCAGUGAAAGAAUGGAUUAUAGCAUAUACUAGGGAAAGAAAAAAACAGCAAACAAAAAAUCUACAAACUCCACAUAGAGAUGAUCUGAUGUCUUAUUUUGGGAAAUGGUAUUCAGAUUCUGAAAUGGAAAUCUAGCUGCGGAAACUGGUUACUCAAAAGACUUCCCUUCCACUUUCUGGUUUUUAUUUUCUAAAUCACCUUUGGGAGAUGAGAUAGGAAUGUGAUCAGAGAUUUUCAGUGCAAGACCAAUAGGCUGUUCCCUAAGAAAGAAAUUGUCAUGUUUUGAUUUUCAAAUGAGUGACUUUGCAGGCUUUUGCUAGAGUCACAUGCACGAGUUCAGCCCUUGCUGGCAGGUCUUAAAAUCUCACCUGGAGCCUGCAGUCAAGGUUACCGACACAUUGAUGCCCAGCGACAAUUCUAUAUUUUUCUGAUCGUGACCUGCAACAGGGUAGCAUUCAUGUGGGGUCUGACUUUAUAGUUGUGAUGUAACUGAAAAAGCAAAGUUACAAAAAUGUACUAAAAUGUAUGAUUCUUGGGGAUAUCUACCUUGGAUGAUAUAUUCGAGGAAAUUAACAAAAUAUCCUGUAAAACAUCUUUUAUUGAAAUAUUUGCUAGUCCAAAGGCCAUAGCUCAUUCAUUUACACCUUUGGAAAUUUGGCACAUACAAAUGAAAAUCUGUUGUUUUAUUUUAUUAGGCUAAAAGAGCAAAUAAGCUUUAUUACACUAAAGCUGCAUCUAUACGACACUGACAUAAAAUUGCAAAAAGAAAAAUUCAGCUGAAUAACCUGAGAUUUUUUAGAGGCAGUUUUACAGAUUACCAGAUAACUAGCUUGACUGAUUUUCC